AAAGCCGAUUGGUAAUUACAAUUUGUUCCCUCCGCAUUUUCCGGAAUGUAAAGCUGGUAACGCUGAAGGAAGAAAAAUUCCUCAACAUAUGUUUGACAACUGACAAAUUCCUUUGUGGAAAAACUUGAUUAUUUGUUUGAUCUUCUGUUAAAUUUGAAAAUUAUCCAAGUCCAAAUGAGAAACGAUAUGGCAGAUAAGAAUCGGGAUCAUGGUGACACGAACAGCGAAACAGGCAGCUCCUAUUUGAGUUUACAACGUUCACAAAUGAUUCGUUCCAAUAUACAUAACAUCUCACAAUUGCUCAAUACCGGCUUGAGUGCGGAAACAUUAGAUAUUUGUAUACAGUUGAUUGAAGCCGGAGUACAUCCACAAACAUUGGCUGAAGUCGUUACGCAAAUACGGAACGAAGUAGCGUCACUGGAAAAGGAUGAUUAAAACUCUAGGUCAGACUUCUACAAGCUAGAUUGUAAGGAGAAAUUAAAUAAAUGGUAAUGUUUGUUAUUUAUAAAGGAUAUUUGUGUUGAUUAGAAUAUAAUGUUAUGCAAGAA